AUGCUAGUUCUCAGGGUUUGUCUCUUUUUUUUUCUCUUCCCCUCCAAAGAGCUCGACUUGCGUGCAGGCGCAAGCGUCGUGCCAGCGCUCGUGCACCUGCGUCCGAAAUCGCGGGGUGUGGAGACCACUGACAAACUCGUCUCGGGUACGUACUGCCUGACGUAA